AUGAAAGCCACAACGUGGCUGUGGCCGGUGUUAACUUUACUCUGCGGCGCUAAGCUUGUUUGCACAGCACAACGUGGGGUUUAUCCAUUCGAUUAUGCGGACCCGAAUUUGAUACAGGAUGAUUACUUACUUGAAAAACGAAAUAAACCAUCAUUAUCGAUUGUAAAUCCAUUGGAUGUACUUAGGCAACGAUUAUUAUUGGAAAUUGCACGAAGACAAAUGAAAGAAAAUACUAGACAGGUUGAACUAAAUCGCGCCAUUUUGAAAAAUGUUGGUAAACGCAUACCUGCCACAAGGCGUUACCAGAUGUCAUUGGCACAGGAGCGUCAAUUGCAGCGGCAACUGCAGCAAGAACAGUUGCAGCAAAACUAUCCAAGUCAAUUGGACUAUGUACCCAUCUCCUUUUUAGAGUUCUUACAACGACCCGUAUACGAAGCACUUGUUGAUGAGAAGAAAUUCCCUAACAUGGGCAAAACUGAAAGUCAAGUAAACGGAAACGAAAUUGGUAAUGAAACAAAUCAUGAGAAAAACAAUGGCGUUCCAAGGACAUCCAAUGCAGUGGGCAAGGAAAAUAGGCAUCGUGAUGGCAAUAGCAAUGGCAAUGACAAUGGUAUUGUCAAUGGAAGUGGCACUGGCAGUUUGGCUAAUGAUAUGAGUAACAGUAUGGGAAACAAUGGCAACAUGGGCAUAUCUGCAAGUGGACUGGUAUUGGAUUUACUUGGCGAUGAAGAGGACGAAUACGAAAAUAUGCCAACCAACACAAAUGAUGGCUAUCAGUUGCGCUACCUUUACCGCAUGCAUAGGAAUAGAUAUGCGCACAAAUAA